UAUUUCAUUUUUUUUUUAUUUUAUCGCUUCAAACUUCUGAUUUCUCGAGUGACGGAUUCGGAACUUCAUCGUCUUCGUCGAUCAGAUCGAUAAAGAGAUUCAAGGAGUGAAGAAUGGUAGUCGGCGCGUCAGCUCGUGCCGCCAUCGGCGGUUGCAGGAGGCUAAUCACGUCUCGUUUGGUUCCCACUCAAGCUUCGCUCUCCGUCUCCUUCCAGUGUCGCCAGAUGAGCAUGGACUCAAGAAGCAUUUCUGAGAAGCUAAGGAACUCUGGUCUGUUACGAACACAAGGUCUGAUAGCAGGAAAAUGGGUUGAUGCAUAUGACAAGAAGACAAUCAAGGUUAACAAUCCAGCAACUGGUGACAUUGUAGCGGAUGUUGCAUGUAUGGGUGGAAAAGAGACAAAUGAUGCUAUAGCCUCUGCUUAUGAAGCAUUUACUUCUUGGAGCAAAGUGACGGCUGCAGAGAGGAGCAAAAUUCUACGGAGAUGGUAUGAACUCUUGAUUGCACACAAGGAAGAACUUGGACAACUAAUAACCUUGGAGCAAGGUAAACCGCUAAAGGAAGCCAUAGGGGAGAUUGCAUAUGGAGCGAGUUUCAUUGAGUACUUUUCAGAGGAGGCAAAACGUGUAUACGGUGAUAUAAUUCCAGCUACUUUGUCGGAUCGGCGUUUGUUGGUUCUAAAACAGCCUGUCGGCGUUGUUGGUGCAAUCACCCCUUGGAACUUUCCCUUAGCCAUGAUUACUCGGAAGGUUGGCCCUGCUCUUGCUUCUGGCUGUACAGUGGUUGUUAAACCGUCUGAACUUACGCCUCUUACUGCACUUGCUGCGGCUGAACUAGCUCUUCAAGCUGGAGUUCCUCCGGGUGCAGUGAAUGUGGUCAUGGGAAAUGCUCCUGAAAUUGGGGAUGCUUUACUUUCGAGUCCACAGGUAAGAAAAAUCACAUUCACGGGAUCAACAGCAGUUGGGAAGAAGUUGAUGGCCGGUGCUGCACCAACUGUCAAGAGGGUAUCCCUAGAACUUGGAGGGAAUGCACCCUCCAUAGUAUUUGAUGAUGCAGACUUGGAUGUUGCUGUAAAAGGAACGCUUGCAGCAAAGUUCCGUAACAGUGGUCAGACUUGUGUUUGUGCAAAUAGAGUGCUUGUACAAGAUGGUAUCUAUGAUAAAUUUGCUGAGGCUUUUGCUGAAGCUGUUCAGAAACUGGAGGUUGGAGAUGGCUUUAAGGAGGGGGUAACUCAGGGGCCACUUAUCAACGAAGCAGCAGUACAAAAGGUCGAAACAUUUGUUCAAGAUGCUGUUUCAAAGGGAGCAAAAGUACUCCUUGGAGGCAAAAGGCAUAGUCUAGGGAUGACUUUCUACGAGCCUACGGUUAUCGGUGAUGUUAAGAGUGACAUGCUUAUGUCUAAGGAGGAGAUUUUCGGACCCGUUGCACCACUUAUUCGGUUCAAAACUGAGGAGGACGCCAUCAGAAUUGCUAACGACACGAAUGCCGGACUGGCGGCUUACAUAUUUACAAACAAUGUCCAACGUACAUGGCGUGUCUCUGAAGCUCUUGAAUACGGGCUUGUAGGUGUGAACGAAGGGAUCAUAUCUACCGAGGUUGCUCCAUUCGGGGGCGUGAAACAAUCUGGUCUUGGAAGGGAAGGGUCCAAGUAUGGAAUGGAUGAAUAUCUCGAGAUAAAAUACGUGUGCUUGGGGGAUAUGAACAGAAAAUGAAGGUGGGGGUUCGAAUCCGAGAGCUGAAACCGAAACAACAGGAGAUAGCAUCUCCAGUUUCUAUAACACUCUCUUGUUAAGUUCAUUGGCACUUAUUACAUCCUUAAAUAAGCUCAUGUUACAGUGACGGGUGGUAGACCAUAUAGUUUUUAUUUUGAGUUUCUGGAUUUUGGUUUU